AUGUCCCAACCAACGACUGCCAUGCUACCCCAGCUUCCCAACGAGCUCCAUCUGCAUUAUACCAGUUACCUCAAUGGGCAAUCCAUAUUCCGACUCAGCAAGACUUGCAAAGCCCUGAGGGCUGUAUUCCGGGAUGAGGCCCAGAGGAUCAUCAAGCACGUCGAAGCGGAUGCCCUAACGUACGACCACUACUGGGACGGGGUCAGGGUCCCGGAGGACCAUCCCGACAUCCUUGUGCAUGUCCGAGAUCAUCAGAAUGCGUGCACCCUUACGUAUGAGUAUCAACUUAAUCGUGAUCGGCAUCGGUACCGGCAGCGACUGGAAGACGCGGUGAGAGAGGGGAAGGGCGAGGAGAUCCAACGGUUUCUGGAAGCCGGACUUAUGCCGACCGUGCGGUCGCGCGGCCUUCGCGGGCCGUUGCUGCACGGGGUUAUUAAAUGCCAGAAAGCCUUCAGGGAGGACAUCACCACUCUGCGCCUUUUGCUCGAGGUCGGCGCCCGGCCCAACGCCCUCGACUAUAACGGUCGCACCGCGCUGGAUGCUGGGCGGACCUUCGACCCGAGUCCCGCCUAUGCGGCAUGGCUGGAGCUGUGGGAGUACUUGGAGAGCCUGGAAGCCAUAGAGCCGGAUCUCCAGAGUCUGCAGGAGGAAGCGGUUCAAUUGUCCUUUGAUGAUAUCAUGAACUACCACCCAGCAGUCGCGGUUUACAUGGAGGUGAUCGAUCAUCCUCGGAUUGACGACCUGGCCAACACAUGA